CGCCUAGCAGCCGGCCGGCCGCCAGGAAGGAAGACGGAAGGAAGGAAGGGGCACGGCGGCCGGGGCGGGGCAGCAUCUCUGCGGCGCCUCCGGGAACUGCUCGGCUCCCCGGCUGCUCGUCUCAGGGUCUGACUGAAUAUCAUGGCUUCUGGGGAUGCUGUGGAGAAGACCGUAAACACGUCUUCCACGGAAACCCCCAUUUGUGUCCCAAAUCAACAUCUUGGGAAGAUGAAAGAUGACAUCAUGUACCAUUUUGCUCUGGGGACUGGCACUCAUGACUUCCCUGCCUUGUUUGGAGAUGUAAAGUUUGUGUGUGUUGGAGGAAGCCCUUGGCGAAUGAAAGCUUUUAUUACCUACAUAGCUGAAGAGUUGGGAAUUGGCAGCCCAGGCAAGGACUACCCCAAUAUCUGUGCAGGAACCGAUCGUUACGCGAUGUACAAAGCAGGGCCUGUGCUAUCCGUCAGUCAUGGAAUGGGGAUUCCUUCCAUUGCUAUCAUGCUGCACGAACUCUUCAAGCUGCUGUGUCAUUCCAAGUGUUCCAAUGUAACCAUUUUUCGUAUCGGCACAUCUGGGGGAUUAGGUUUGGUGCCAGGAUCUGUGGUGAUCACCAAGCAAUCUGUAGACGCCACCUUUAAACCUCAGUUUGAACAGUUUGUUCUGGGAAAGCCCAUAUAUCGUAGCACAAACUUAGACGAGGAGCUGGCUCGAGACUUGAUGGAGUGUGCCAAGGAACUGGAUCAAUUCAACACAGUCAUUGGGAACACCAUGUGCACUCUGGAUUUCUAUGAAGGCCAAGCUCGUCUUGAUGGCGCAAUCUGCUCAUACACUGAGGAAGAGAAGGCACAAUAUUUAACGGCAGCUUACAAGGCCGGAGUCAGGAAUAUUGAGAUGGAAUCUUCUGUUUUUGCAGCCAUGUGCAAUAUUAUUGGUAUAAAAGGUGCUGUGGUCUGUGUAACACUCCUGAACCGACUGGAGGGCGACCAAAUCUCCACCCCCCACGAUGUGCUGGAUGAAUACCAGAAGAGGCCUCAGAAAUUGGUGGGGCACUGGAUUAAGAAACGUCUUGGGAAAAAGUGACAUUGCCAUCUUGAGUUAGCUUUAUACUUUAAAUAAAUACAAAACUCAAUAUUUAUUCAUUUUUGAAUUCAUGAUAAAUAACCUUGUAACUCAGGGGUGACAAGCUUUUUGGGGGCUGAGAGCACAUUUACCCAUGCUCAGGCUUCUGGAGAUCACAUUUCAAGUAGGCAUGGUUGAUGUGUAAAAGUGGGCAUGUGAUUUAUUUAUUUUUUAAUGGGCAAUGUUAGAAAGCUCGGAAGAGCCAUAAAAAACCUUUUAGAAUCACAGCAAGGGAGCCAAUGAGAACAGUAAGGGGGAAAUAAAUCAAUUAAUUUAUUGUUUAUAAAUGGAAAAAUAGCUUGGUUUUAGAGAGUUCUAACCCCAGCAGAUGUUUCUUACUGGUGCAUGAGGGUAAGCUCUACCAUAAAAAUGGAUGUGCAGGCAAGGGCCAAUUAGUGUGUGUUCAAUUUUUACCCAACUGCACACAUGUACAUCUUGGUGACCUGGAAGUGGCCAAAAAAAAGGGGUCAGAACGGGCUUAUACACGCUCCGCCGUCAUGUGUGAUGAGCCAGAAUGCAACCCCCACACAAAUCAGGGGUUGCCUGUAUAAACUGAGGCCUCUGGAGGUAAAAAAAAGAGGAGAAUUUUCUUUCUGUUUGGUUUGAUUUUAUUGUUAACAUUAAUAAUGCAAAACAUAACCAGUCUUCGCCAACCUCCAGCCUGUGGAUUAUACAAUAUAGCAGGAAUACACCCAGAGCUUCACAAACUACGUUUGCUGGAAAUGCAGUUGAUCCCCCUUGCAAUAUAAGGAGUACCCAUGUUUAUUGUGUUUUUAGAAUGUUCUUCUGAGUGACGCAUUGAGCAUCAAACCAGCCAUGGUUAAGUUGUUUAACUAAAUACCCUAGUUGGGUUUAGAGUUGACCAUGAAAGGUCUAAUUCCAGGACUAAUUUAUCAAAGAUUUUUAUGGGAUCAGGAUGAGUCAAGAGUGGGUUGGGAGAAGUGGAGAACAUUCAACACUAUUUGUUACGAUGCCCUUUAUAUAUAUCCCCUAGACAAAAAUUCCUUGAUUACAUCCUUUGCUCUCUUUCCAACUGACCUCCCCUUGAGCAAAUAAUGUAUUUAUUACAGCACUGGUUACAAAAUUUGACUUGCCUGCAAGUAAAUUGAGAGCUAGGCACCAAGACAAGUAUCGUAAGGGGGAGUGUGAGACGUGGAGUGCUUAACUUACACAAGAGUGAUUUUUACAUUUUUGUAUGUUUGCUUUGCUGUUGCUGUUCACUUUUAAAUCCAUUAUUUUAUUCUACGCAUUGUGACCAAUUGUGAUGGCUUAUAGCUUUUAGUAAUAAAGAUUCAUUCAUUCAUUCAUUCAUUCAUUCAUUGUGUUUUUAAUUUUUUAUAGGCUUGUUGUUUAAUUUAAUUUUAAUUUGUUGUUUAAUUUAAUUUUCUAUUAAAUAAAGAGUCUGG